AUGACACUGUUUAUGUUGGCAUGCUUCAGGCAAGCGGAAAAAAGUGUGAAAUAUAUAAGUAGACUACCAACGAAUCAAGUUAAUAUCCUGGAUAUCUACGGUGACACAGCAUUGCAUUAUACAGUAGCGAACAAUAACCGUCCAUUGACAAGGUUUUUAAUUGAAGAAUGUGAGGCUGAUGUUAACGGUGGUCUUGAACAACGCCCAAGUCCGUUAGACAUAGCUAUUUUUAAACAAAAUUUCGAAUUACAAACUCUUUUGAUUUCACAUCGUGCUCGAUCACGUUUACCUAUCAAACGUAUUCGACAUGGUACAGUACAAUCGAGUGCUCGGUAUAAUAUUCCAAUUGAAUUGUGGAUACCUCAGAAUUAUCCAUACUCGGCUCCCAUGUGUUACGUUAAACCAACGCCAAAUAUGUAUAUAGCAGUGAAUACACAUGCAGAUCAAAAUGGAGCCAUUCACAUUCCUUAUUUAGAAAACUGGAAUCAAGUAAGCUUAUGAAUAGCAAAUUAAAAGAUAGUAUUACAUUAGAAUCGAAUGUGAUAAGAUCCCACGUCUUGCAGAAAGAGAAAAUCUGCACGAGUUCUUUAAGGAUUUUUUUUCUUGAAAAAUUCUUGAUCAAGAUUUAUGAAUACCUCUGCACUUGAUGUCCUCGAAAAAACUUGAUCAAGAUUUACUACGGUUCCAGGUCUGAUGUAUCUUGAGAAUUCUGUAUCAAGAUCUUGUUGUUGUCUCUAUCACCGUUUUUGUUUUGUAGUGUCUGUAAAUAUAUAUAUAUAUAAAAGCAUCCGUACUGUAA